AACCGCCGUAAACCCCACAGAAGAAGAAGUCUACCGGUUUAGCCACAUUAGAAGAGGUGUCUCGCUUUCGGGCUAAAAGUUUAUCUAAGGGCUAGUUAUAAAGCUAGCUAGAACAUCUUGUCAACAUGUUUCGAAGAAAACUGACAGCUUUGGAUUACCAUAACCCCUCUGGGUUUGACUGUAAAGAUGAGACAGAGUUCAGGAAUUUCAUUGUGUGGCUGGAGGACCAGAAAAUCAGACACUACAAAAUUGAAGACCGGGGCAACCUGAGGAAUAUCCCCAGCUCGGGAUGGCCCAAGUCCUUUGAGCAGUAUCUUCAAGAUGUGAAUUGCCCAUUCACUGUCGAAGAGAGACAGGAGUCAGUGGACUGGUUGCUGGGUCUAGCCGUUCGGUUGGAAUAUGGCGACAAUGGCUCCCCAGUUGAGAAGUACAAGAAUUGCCCGCCAGCCACAGCCACCGAGGCGGCGAAACCCUCGGAUCCCCUCAUCCAUCUGGACAGCAGCAACCCAGACUUUAAGGCUGGUGUCUUAGGCCUGGCUAGCCUGCUGAAGAUCCAGCGUCACGACGACUACCUGGUCAUGCUGAAGGCUAUAAGGAUCCUUAUCCAAGAGAGACUGACUCCAGAAGCCAUAGCCAAGGCCAGCCAGUCUAAAGAGGGUCUCCCUGUGGCCUUGGACAAGCACAUCCUCGGCUUUGAUACUGGAGACGCCACCCUGAACGAAGCGGCUCAGAUCCUACGUCUACUCCACAUCGAGGAGCUACGUGACCUGCAGACCCGGAUCAAUGAGGCCAUCGUAGCCGUCCAGGCCGUAAUUGCAGACCCGAAGACAGACCACCGCCUGGGCAAGGUCGGCAGAUGACCUGGCCUGCCUGACCCCUUGACCUCUGCCUUUAACCCCCAACAGUCUGUGAAAAAGAAGUACCACACAAACUAUACAUGGAUAUUGGUCCAAGACCUUGUCCUUAUUUUAUUUUAGUCCAACAACUAGGACUAAGCCUUUGAGUUUCAUUUUUUUUUUUUUUUUUUUUUUUUUUUUUGGAUUUGGGACGGUUGGAAUGAAAUGGACGUUUUUUUUGUUUUUGAGAAAGAAAUGCAUUUGUCGCAUGAGUGUUGGAAUGAGAAUGUAUGAAAUACAUUGGGGGGGAACUUUGGUUUGUGUUCAUAAGAAAUUGGAAGUGCUAUCAGAUUCUGUGCUGAAAUUACCCUUGGAGUUGGAGAUGGAAUCAGUGAUAAAAGUCAGGAAUUACAUCUUAGGAAAGAUAAAGGAUUAAAAAACUGGAAGAACAAAUAUUUGGCGACAGUGUUGAAAUACAAAAUGAUUAGUGCACAGAAUACCCAAAUACUGCAUUGCUGUUUGUUCAUUCAAUACAAAUGGAUAGAUUUAACUGGA